AUGAACUGUGCGUUUGUUCAUCCCAUUGAUCUUGUUAUCAGGUCAUUAUUACAUUUAUUUGACACCUUGUGUAGUUAGAUGCCCCGUUAUCUGUUAUAUAGUGCAAUGUUAUCCGUCAUACAAUAUACAUGGACCAGGUAUUACACGUGUGUUAAAUAAUAAUAAUUAAGAUGGCCGAGAUGGCAUCAUGUGGUCGCUGGGCGGUGCUGCUCGUGGUGUUUAUCUUAGAAACAGUUGACCUUUUCUGUGAUUGGUUGUUCUACACACAGGUCAAGGACAGCAGUGAAUCUUACAUCAAAAACCACGCCUAUCUCCACUGGGUAAUAUUUGGGGUGGCUGUGCUGGGGACCUUGACCUUUGUGUUUGAGGUCAUUAAUCUUGCUGUAGAACUGUUCAGGAAAGAAAAAUCUUGUUUGAUGGCGGACACAGUUUCCAUGAUAUCUACGUGGGUGGAGGAUGUACCUCAGAUUGCGGUGGCGCUGGCGAUCGCCGCUAAUUCUAAACGUGUGGUUCACUGGAUCCAGUUCGUAAAGGCCGGCUGGGCGGUCCUAGAGGUGGCUGUCCGUGCCCUGGCUCAGUGUGUUUACUGCUGUAAGAUUUCCGACAGACCUCAUCGCUCCACGGACUAUUUCGUCUCGCUCUCUAAGUUCCUGGCACAAAUUAUCGUCCUUGGGUGUUCUGUUGGAAUACUCCUCUGCCUUCUCCAGGAAAAUCAAGGACACUGAAUAUAUUUAUUUAUUUGUUUGUUGACUUUAUUUACCAUGUUAUUGUAACUGAGUCGCGACCCUUCAACAAGUGGACAUUCUAAUAUCGAUGUUAUUUAAUACAGGGCUAUCACAUUCACGGUGACUAUUGUCACCAUAUCUACCUGUUUUCAACUUGUUAGUUCUCUUUGAUUUUAGGAUAACAACAAAAAAUUGAGUGGCAACACUAGUCAAUUGUGUUUUUGUAUAUAUAUCAUGUUAAUGCAAUAAAUUGUUUUCUCUA